AUGGGCGGGAAUCUACUUGGCCACGAGCUAACGGAUAUUGUGAAUGCAACUGGUGAUCCUCAGAGUGGGAGUCUUGCCGAUCGCCUAGUACAAGGCAUUGGAGACGCCGUCUACUGCCUGCAUUUACGCAGUCGACUGCUGAAGGAGUCCUUCGACCGACUCAAUCUGCCCUAUGUCAAGGCCUCCUUCCGUCGCGCGCUAAUUUACCUGAGUCUCCUACUCUGUGUGAUGUUGAUGGACGUGAUUUCGAAGGUGCCCUUUGGUGGCAAUCGCAUUUUUGAACUUCCCGUCUACAUUAUCUUCAUUGGCGUGGGCUUGCUCACUCUACUCACCUUCUACGAUUUAUCAGCCAACUCUUGCACCCUCAUGUCAAUCGCAUUCACAACGGUUGUGGGGAUCUGCAUACUGGUCAAUUUCGGCUGUCUUUCUCUGACUCUGCCUCUUCAAUACACACUGGUUAAUAUACUAAUUUUUGCCGCCUACAUGCACUUGCCCAUUCCGUUGUCGUUUUCAGUGGCUUGCCAUUUACUGCUCUACGUAGGCCUUACAACACUUGAUUCGUACAGUGGGUCUGUCCGACAGGAUCAUCCCAAGUCACCCUCGCAGCCGAAGGUUCUCGAUAAGGAGACUAGGGAGUACAUGGUCGCCACGACUUGCUUCUAUCUCGUGGUUGCUACGUCAAGUCUAGCGGCCUACGUUAAAGUCUUCAAUUCCCUCCGUUUCAGGGCGUCGUUCUUGCGCAUCUGCCAAGCCCUCCUCAUCAAGGCAAAAGGGCGCGAGGCGUUGAGCCAGCAGGCAACUUGGCUUGACGCUGUCAUGCCGAAGCGCAUUCGAAUCGAGUAUCGGAAAGUUGCUGAACGCCACAGAGGCAUGGAUCACUCCCUGUGGGUCUUCUGUGACACCUACGACCCUGUAUCUAUCCUAUUUGCCAAAAUCUCGGGUCUCACAGCUCUUGUGAACGAUUUGUCUGCCAAGGAGUUACUGGUUCUCUUGAAUUCACUUUUUUCCAGUUUUGACGUCUUCUGUUAUAAUUGUGGAUGCGAAAGAAUUGGCGUCCUCGGAACAAUCUAUUACUGCGUCAGUGGAUGCCCGAAGGAGCGGUCUGAUCAUGCAGUCUGCUGCUCGAAUCUCGCGCUUGCUAUGAUGAAGGAAGUGAAUAAUCUCGGAGCCCGACGCCGCGUUGACUUGGAAUUGGCUGUCGCCAUCCACACGGGUAAUAUCAAUGGCGCUGUCGUGGGCAUCGAAAGGAUUCACUUCGACAUCUACUCGCAUAGUGUGCUAACAGCACAAAAAUUGCUCGCUGCCUGUGAACCCGGUCGCAUUCGCAUCUCCGAGGAAGUCCUUCACCUUCUUCCACCCAUUUUUAGCACGUCUCCGGCAAGACCAAUCACAGAGCUCAGGGAAGUUCAGUCAGCUAUUGCCGGAAAGAAGUUGGAGGAAGUGCAAAUUUCGACGUACUACUUAAGUGUUAAAACGCGACCCUUGGUUGACCAGCAUCACCUUCAACGUAGGCCACGUACAAGGUCCAUCUUUCGUCUUAACUUUAGACCGUUUGGCAAUCGUCCGAUUCAACCUGAAAACCAGGCGCCUAAGACCAAAGCAUCAACCAGACUCCGUUCUAAAUUCAGCCAGUUUUGCGUGCUCAACCUCUCUGGCCUUCAAAAGGAUCCCCCACCGAGGCAUGAGCGUCUUCGGAACUCCGCGGCGUGGAACAAGGACGUCCACCGGACACCAAAGCCUGCGUCCAUCCGUCAGAUUCUCUUUGGUCUCCCAGCUGAAUAUAAAGACGUCAUGGCACAGUUAGUCGAUAUCGAGGAAACAAAUGCUGUGGAUAAUACGAUCAUUAAGGAGCUAAGUGGUAGCUCGAAGAGUUUGACUUCAUUGUUUCAAGCCUAUCCCAUUAACCCAAUUACACUUCGUUUUUAUGAUGCAUCACUCGAACAAAACUAUAGAGAUCUCGGGCCGGGCACAAUGAAACCAGUUUACAUUGACUCUGUCAUCUUGACUUCCGCUUUUGACGUAGUUUUUCUCUUUUUCUACAUCGUUAUUUUCACCGGAGCCUAUGCCACAGCGAUUGGCUGGGAACUGACCAAUGGAAUUCUUAGCAUCUCUUCGCUAGCUACGGCCAUUCUCACGAUACUUCCACUUGUUUUGGUGGUGAAUUUUGCAGUUUUUGGCAGCAAAGAGAAAUUCAGUGGUCAACUUUGGACACGGCUCUUGAGGCUCAGUAGGUCAAGAGUUUUUAUUGAGCUCAUUUGUUUCCUGGCUUGUCAGUUGCCAACACUGGAGACUGUCUUCUACCUCCUCUUCAUCCAGUCGGGCGAACCUUUCAACAAAAAAGAUGGUUACAUCAUCCUCUUCGCACCCAUCGCCAUUUUUGUGCAUUGCUUGCCCAUGGACUCGUGCUAUCUAGUCCGCUGCCUUUCCUCAGCCCUGUCUACUGGCAUCCUGUCGUUCGCUUUGCUUCACUACACGGGCUACGAGGAAUUGCAGCGGUACCAAAAUGCCUGGUUUUACGACACUGCGCGUCUCCAGCCCUCCACCGUUGGCUCCUUGAUCGCCCUACUGUCGGCAUGGAUCCUGGUGGUGCUUGUCUGUCGCCUCAAUGAAACCACGUGUCGUCUGUCCUUUUAUACAGAAGGCGAGGCAGAAAGUGCCGAUCAGACAAACUCGAAGACGAUGCUGGAAUGCGACACACUCCUAUACAAUAUCAUCCCCAGACACGUCGUUAAUGCCCUUCUGGCUGCCGGCCAGCAGACACUCGAAGUCAACUCCGUCAGUCACGCAAAUUAUGUCCCAAAUGCCGGCAUUGCCUUUGUCCGUCUGACAAAUUUUUUCAAGGGCUACUACCGCGAAGACUACCAAGGUGGAAAACAGGCUAUUGGUCUGUUGAAUCAAAUCAUCUGCAUGUUCGACCGCCACCUCCAAGAUCCCGAGUUCAAGGAAGUGGAAAAAUUGAAGACGUACAAUGACUCGUACAUGAUUGGCGCGGGUUUGGACGCGUUGGCGAGAGAUAGCCACUUCAGCCCGGUGGAGCAUUUGCUGCAAAUGGUGAAAUUCUGUCUUGACCUCUUUAACCUGGUCGAUAAUUUCAAUAGCAAUUACAUCCUGGGAGAGGAAAGCGCCUUCGACUUGGCCAUUGGGAUGGAUGUUGGCGCGGUGUGUGCAGGAGUCAUUGUCUCUAUGUGCCCCCGCUACCACGUGAUUGGCAGCCCAACAGAACUUGCGUACCUCCUUCACUUAACCGCCCCAUCUCGUAAGCUUGUUGUCAGUGAGGCAACGCGGCUAGAACUGGCUGCUCACUGCCAGUUUGACGAGGUCGUCUUGAAAAACCCUCCGAAUUUCGGUGGUCCUUUUUAUAGAUGUUUUCUGACUCAAAACUACAACAACUAG